AUGACAGAGUGGGAGGGCCACUGGGCGCAACUAAUAAGGAGCGAGAUCCAGCGGGCGAUCCCACUCAGACUUUUAUUUCGACCAAGUCCUGGAAUCCGGAAUCGGACUGAUCAGCAGACACCACACAUGGAUUACGCUUCUUUCGCUGCUUUUUUGGGGGGAGUUGUUUUCGCCACAUAGAGGAAACUUUCUCCGCGACUGUUUUCAAGUGGACUUCUUUUGUAGUGUGAGAACCAAGAUGUGCUCGCUGAGAUGGACAGUUUUCCUCUGGACUUUAAAUUCCCUGCCUUGCACUUUUGGAAUGGCACUGAGUGAACAGACAGAUGGCUCCUGCCCCCUCCUGAGUGUGGAGGAGCACAGGUUUUCUGACGUUUUAGAUCGGCCCCUGGAAAUCACAGGAUUCGAUCUCACCGAGAAGUUUCUCCUCCGAAAGGGGACGAUCACGGAAGAACUGCCAUCCUUUCGUUUGGGAAGCAGUCCACUCAUUAAGCCAACAAAAUUCGUAUUUCCGAAUGGCCUUUCAAGUGAAUACUCCCUUGUCGCCAUCUUCCGGGUAAGAAGAACGACAAAAAAGGACCGCUGGUACCUUUGGCAGAUUUUCGACCAGUCGGGAGGCAGUCAGGUGUCCGUCGUUGUUGAUGGUGGCAAGAAGGUGGUGGAGUUUUCCUUCCAGGGCCUGCUCAAGAACACCCCGCGCUACACGUUCAAAAGCCGCGACCUACUCGCCCUUUUUGAUCGCCAGUGGCACAAGCUGAGCAUUUCUGUACAGAGCAACAUAGUGUCCAUUUACAUCGACUGUAAGCUGAUAGAAAGGAGACUGACCGAUGAGAAGGACAGCAUUGACCCCACUGGGCGAACUCUCAUCACUACGCGAGUGGAGGACGGACGGCCUGUCGAUAUUGAACUGAGACAAUUUCUAAUCUACUGUGACCCGUAUAUGGCUGAGAUGGAAAAUUGCUGUGAGCUACUGGAACCAAAGUGCGAAGCCAAGACGACAUUUAAUGGGACGUCCCCUCCCCCGGUCACCGAGAUGCUGUCUCAGCCGGGCCCGCAGUCAAUUGACAGAUGCCACUGUCCGACUGAAAAGGGAGAUGCUGGUCUAGGUGGACUGCCGGGACAAAAAGGGGAUAAAGGGGACACGGGGGACGCGGGGGAAGUCGGGCCUACAGGAAACCCAGGAUAUAAGGGAGAACCUGGAUCAGAAGGGCAAAAGGGAAUCGAUGGGGAGAAGGGUCUGAAAGGUGACCUAGGGUCACUUGGUCCAGUUGGUCCAGUUGGUCCCAAGGGAAACAAAGGUGAUGUGGGUAAAACUGGAGCUCCGGGGCUGCCCGUCGCGAAAGACUGUCUCAAGGGAGAUCAGGGCCCUCGAGGCGACAAAGGAGAACAGGGUUUGGCUGGGAUGCCAGGUCGGCCAGGGGAUCCAGGCAAAGAGGGCAAAAGGGGACGGAGAGGAAAGACUGGAGAGCCCGGACCCAAAGGCCUGCCUGGUCCUGAAGGAACGUCUGGAGGAGCAACUAUCAAGUCACUGUCGAUGAUCCGCUCCGUUGUCACACAGGGGGAGAAGGGCGAGUCGGGAGUCCCAGGGGGAAAAGGAGAGGGAGGAGACCCUGGUCAGCCAGGUGCAGAGGGUGCCAGCGGGAUGAAAGGACAAAAAGGUGAUGUUGGCCCUCCUGGUCCUCCUGGUCCUGUGAUGACAGCUCACGGAUUGAGACAGCUCUCUGGAACUUUUUCUCUUGUGUUUGAGGAUGAAAUGGCGGAGAGGACCCAAAAGGGAGAGAAGGGAGAUCAGGGGGAGAGAGGAGCACAAGGACCGCAAGGCUUCAAGGGAAGCAUAGGGCCGCCAGGACUAAAGGGAGGUGAAGGACCAGAGGGGAAGCUAGGCCUGGCUGGACCCACUGGACUCCCAGGACUCCCGGGCGAGCCAGGCUCGUCAGGGAAGCCAGGGGUGCAUGGGAGAGACGGCCCGAAAGGAGAAAAGGGGGACUCUGGCGGAGCGAUGGGGCCACUGGGACCUCCGGGCCCCAAGGGCGAGCCCGGAGAACCCGGAGGUGGCUACAUGGGCGAUGGGUUGUCUCUCACUAGAGGGUCUCGCGGACCCAAGGGUGAGAGAGGCGUCCCAGGGUUGCCCGGAGACCAUGGUGAAAAAGGCGAACCUGGAGAGAGCCUCAUCGGCUCGCCUGGCCCCGUGGGACCCCCGGGAAGGGCGGGAAUUGAGGGCCCUCGUGGAUCCCCAGGUUUUUCUGGCCCCCCUGGGUCUCCAGGAAGAGAGGGCUCCCCUGGUAGACCAGGCCCACCGGGCCCAGCUGGACCCCCAGGUGAACCGACUGCCUUGCCAAUCGUUGGAGACAUGGGUGCUUUACUUAAGAAUGCCUGCAGUGUGUGCCAGACGAGAGUCCCAGGGCUGCCAGGGCAAAAAGGGGAGAAGGGGAUCCCUGGAGUGCAAGGAGUGGAAGGCUUGGUGGGAGAAAAGGGAGAUCCAGGUAUAAGAGGUCCUAUGGGUAACCCUGGGAAAGAAGGCCCAAAGGGAGUGAAAGGAGAGAGAGGGUUCCCAGGCCCGACAGGAGAUAAAGGCGACGAGGGGCCUACGGGAGCGCCAGGACUGCCUGGUGUGACCGGUCGCACAGGGGCCGCGGGGCUUAUGGGGAGACCUGGUCCACUGGGCCAACCAGGAGCAAAAGGAGAUAAAGGAAACGAAGGACCCUCAGGCAGACCAGGGCUUCCAGGGCCUCCGGGUGUACCCUACGUGGAGGGCAAUGGGAUGAGCAGUCUGUACAAGCUGCAGAGCGGCGGAGCUUUGUUAGGACCCCCUGGAGCGCCCGGUGCUCCGGGUCCCAAAGGAGACGAAGGACUUUCAGGCGAACCAGGGGCCAUGGGAUUACCCGGGCUGGAAGGGCUACCUGGUGCCAAGGGUGAUAUUGGUUCGGUUGGUCAACCUGGGACGCCGGGUCCUCCAGGGAAGCCCGGAACUCGCGGAGAACCAGGGAUCCCUGGAGAGCCGGGCGAGCGGGGGCCGCUCGGAGAGACAGGAUUCCCGGGGCCCGAGGGACCCCAAGGUGUUGCUGGGAGGCCGGGAAAAGAUGGAACUCCCGGAUACAAGGGAGCUACAGGUAGACCAGGGGACAGAGGAUCCAAAGGAGAACGUGGUGAUUCAGGGAUUCCCGGAGAACGAGGUGUUCAAGGCGAGAGAGGUCGCACAGGAGAUCCUGGCUCGAUCGGGCUGAUGGGACCGGCGGGCCAAAAAGGAGAUCUCGGCCCUCCCGGACAGUUGGGGGGUGUAAACCUCCUGGGAGAUCCCAGCUUCAUGGAGGAACUCAAAACGGUUAUCCAAAACGAAGUAUUGAGGCUCCUUGAAGAGAAGCUGUCGAGCGCUGCCAUGCUGCAGAAGACACCUGCGGGCAUCUUAGCCUCACAAGUCCAAGGCCCUGCAGGACCUCCUGGAAAAGACGGAUUACCAGGCCCGCCGGGGGAGCCUGGCCCUGCUGGUCCUCAAGGGUACAGGGGUCAGAAGGGAGAACGAGGCCAGCUCGGCCUGGGGCUGCCAGGGGACCCAGGACCCGUGGGGGCAACAGGCGCUCCUGGGUUCACUACCCAGGGCCCCCCUGGUUCUCCGGGGCCCCGUGGACAUCCCGGGACGUGCGACCCCAGUGAGUGCCUCCUGCCAGCCUUAUGAACCCAGCAGAGGGGACUCCCGGGGCCAGCGGGAGGACGGCCGUCCCGCUCCGAGCUCAUCGCAGCCGCCGCAGAGCAGGAGAAACGAGGGCCUCGCUGUAUCUGACAACUUCCUCAGCUCCCGUUUAUCAGACAAGACUCACAACUGACCUCUUUUGUUCACUUUACAGUAACACGUGGAUGCAGUCGCUGUUUUAUUUAUUUAUUUUUAUUUAUUCUGGGAUUGCUGUUGGGGUUUGUUUUGCGACGGGAAGCCUUUGUGUUUUCUUUCUGUCAUUCUUUUCUCUUUUUUCUCCAAUGCUUUUUACUUUUCAAGUGAUUUCUUGUUUUUGACAUCCCCCACUGUGAUGUAAUGCAUUCCUCGCCGACUCUCAGUAUGCCUUUUUAAAAAACCAUGAAAUGACUUUGUGCUGUCAAGUUGAGUCCUGCCUGUAAACAUGAUCUCAAUUGUCCGUUUGCCUCCUUAAUGGCCAUGCCUAUGCACUCCUCUGUUCUUCUCCUCUGUUAUUCAGAUAAGCCAGUGGGCUGAUGGCCGAAGGUACAUCUCCUGUGUGUGUGCGUGUGUGUGUGUGUGUGUGUGUGUGUGUGAGUGAGAGUGUGAGUGUGUGAGAGAGCGCGCGUGUGUGUGAGCGAGAGAUUAUCAGAACGAACGUAUACUUGUUUCAUGUGUAGGUGUGAGAAAAUAACAGAUUUUUGAAUCUCUUUAUGCAACCAAAGUGCAGCAGAUGUGUCCAACGUGGAACUUAUUGAUGCCCAGCGCGUUCUCAAGAAUGUAUUUGACAGAUUGUACUAAUGAUUGUCGAAAAUGUAGCGUGGAUAUUCAGUAACGUCAUGACUUCGUUUUUUGGGGAAUUACUGAGGCGCUUCUUUGUUGGAAAAUCAUUUGCGUCGUGAUGCCUUCCCAUUUUCUGUCGGGCCAUGCGUCAGCGCCGAGAGGUCGUCAGUGCGGUUUGUCUUGUAUCUGCUGUCACACAAACAAACCUGCAACUCCAACCUUUUGUCAGAAGGCGCAGACAUCAAUGGCAGAUUUGAAAGUAAUGAUCUUCGAACGCGUUUUAGGAGUGCGGCGUGACCUCACGCUCACUUUUACUGCCGAUUUGGUCUGUAAAUAAGAUAACAUAUUUUUUUUUCCUUUUAUUUUCUUGUCUCACAGGGCUUAUAAUGGGACCUAGCAUUAUAAUUACAGUACAUAAGCAUGAGCCUAAUGUGUCAGUGUAAUGACACAUUAACGUUCUUUACGUCGUUAUCGAUCAUACACCUUGAAAAUGCUGAUGUUUUCUUGUGGCCGGUGUGAUUAUUGAUAUCUACUGUUUACAUAGUGUUGUGUAUGAUGAUUCCUCUGGUUUAUUUUGUAUAUUUUUGAUUUUCAGCCACACAAAGGAAAUCGGACUACUACACUACAAACUUCAGACUUCUCCUUUCUGUGAACUCAUGAACAUACUUGAACUUUUUGUUGUUUGUUUUUGACACUAUUCAUGGUCUAACAUCCUGGUUUCACUAUGUAUCUAUGGGUUUUUUUUUGGGGGGGGGGGGGUCUCCUCCGACUGGAGUUUUGAUUUAUUUAUUUGCUAAAAACAGAUUUCAGAUCCAUUUUUAAUGUUGUACGCUAAUUUGUGAAGGUUUUGAGUCAGCUUUACCUAAACGGCCCCUUAUGAUGUGACUUUAACAGAAACUCACACGUGGAAGUGAGAAUAUCUGGAGUACAAUCACACGGAACAUUUUGCAGAACUUCAAGGCAGAAUGAGAACAUUUCCCAGCAUUCCAAUUGAAACCAAUUGGAUUGAAAUGAAUGCUCUAUUUAAAUAUUGUGAGGAAAUGCAAAAAGAAAAAUUUGCAUUUAAAAAGUAACCUACACUUUUUAAUCACGCUCAACAACAGAUAUUUACUUUCGAAGAAAAGAGAAUUACUUUGGAGUGUAUGUUACUCUCCCCGUGCUUUCAUUUUGAGCCCUGUUUAAUGAAAGUUUGACUCAAAGGCUUUACAUUUACUUUUAAGUGUCCUGCUAUGAUGAAUGUUUAAAAAGUUCUGUGGGUGUAUCUGAAUUUUUUUUUUGUGAUGUUAAGAACUCCGUUCUCUCUGUAUUUCAUCCUUUGAGAUCUGUUUGGCACUUUCUUUUCCUUUCACUUCGUGUCUGACAUCAUUAAAAGUCAUCAUGCUUCUCUUAUACAUUUAAAUUAUAAUUCAUAUCUUAUUCUGAAGCUGCAGAGCUUCUUUUUUGUUUUUUUCGUACUCCGCAUGCCAGCUUGGUUUUUAUCUCUUAAAUGUUAUCAGUGUGAGUGGGUCUAAUUUCAGAUGGGUGCUGAAUGUAUGCCACCGGCUUCAUUUGUGAGUUGAAAGAGCCCCCUGCUGGAUAUGUAUUUAUGUUGUCCUCGCUCGUAAUGUGAAUGGAAAACAAUCUUUCCUUGUGUUAUAAGCUUCAUAAAAUCACUUCCUUCUAUUAACUGCCGUUCUCUCACCACAAUAAUUUUCAUAUUCGGCCCAAUGGAUUGGAUGCAAUAACAAAGACCUUGACCAAAUUCAAAUGAGACGGCAUCAGCAAGCUAAUAUCUGAACGUUUUGGUGCACUGAUGAGAGAAAGGUUCUCUGCUUAAAUUGAAUCUAGGCAGAAUUGAUAUUAAUGUGCACUAGUUUGCGACUUCAAUUAAGCUUAACACUUUGAUCACUUGGGAGAACAAAAGAAAAUGGCAGCGUAUGUCACAGCCUGCUUCACUGGCAAUUUGGUGCAGUGCAUUUCACGUCGCACCGAGUUAAGAUCCAAUUUUUUCCAAGUGGAAAACUCCAAAGAAGGAGGUGCGUCCUUCAAGCGAAACGCUCUCUUACAUCUAAAGAUUGUCUCAUCAAAUAAUGCGGAGUUCACUCAAGACGGUAACAUCAGUUUUAAAUACACACCCUGUUGUUUUUUACAGUAAUGCAACCUGAUCCUGCUGCCACACGUAAUCUAAUCUCGUAAAUGAGCUUGUGAUGAGGGGGAAUAUGGAUAUUCCUCCCGGCAUGGCCCCUUGGAUUAAAAAUGUCCACCUGCUGCUUUCACCGUAACUCGUCUUCACUCCUUGUGCCGCGUGACCUUCGUGUGUGGUUUUGAAAGUCUUUGUUUCGUCGAAUAUCUACCUCACUCUUGGUUUGUCCACGUCUACAUCAUUGGCUAUUUCUGAAAGGAAGAAAAAAAUCAACACUCAACUGUUGCCUUUGACUUAAAAAAAAAAAGAAAAAAGCAAUUGACACCUCAAAUGUCUGUAAAGAGACAUACUGCAGUUCCUGAAUGUUGAGGAUCAGUCGGGUUAGUGGUGCUGAUAAACAGCAGGGGCAGUAAUUCCCCUGUUGGGAAGGUUGAUCCAGUGUGUGUGUGUGUGUGUGUGUGUGUGUGGUUACCAGUUAUCAAAGGUUAUACUUUACACUUUUUCUUUGCAACAUCUUUUAUCUAUACGCUGACUAAUGGCACCUGCCUUACACAUGUGUAAUAAAUGUUAUUCAGUGCUUUA